CUACUAAUAAGUUGGGUAUUACUAAACCUGGAAUUAAAAUAAAAAAGAAAAAAGAAACCCUAAUCGUCGGCUAAGCUAAGAAGAUAGGAUUGGAGGCGGAGAGGGCAAAAGCGUAAUUUGGGAGAAGCACACGGCAAUUGCAUGACCGGACAAUUUCCUCUCCCGCAAAACCCACGCAUCGGCCCAUCCACGCCGUGCGUGCUCUCAAAUUUUCCGCCUAAGCCCAAAACUAUUUUCUUUUUUUUUUUAACUCAACUCAGACAAAAACUCCCUAAUUCUACUCACCAAAAAAUUGAAAUCCAAUCAAUCAUCGCUAAAAACCUAACCCACAGACGUUACGUGACGCAGUUACCAAUGACAAUUCGGCCGAAUUCGCGUGACCGUCGUUCCCACGCGCGCCCCCCGCCGAUGCCGAUACCCCCUCCCCAGUCAGCCCUAUCCCACCCCCUUCCCCUUUUUUCCCCAAUACAUAUCAUCUCUCCAGCCACAUUCGCCUCCCGCCGCCUCUCCUUUUUCCCCAUUCUCCUUUUCCGAUUCCUUCCUCUCACAUUCCAUUUCGAUUUCUUAGGCUUCUCCACCCAUGGGCGAUUUGACGGAAUCUUCCACUCCUCAGCCGCCGGCGCCGCCGCGCCAAGGCCCCUUCCGCGAGGACUGCUGGACGGAGGAGGCCACGUCCACGCUCGUUGAUUCCUGGGGACAGCGUUACCUCGAGCUCAACCGCGGCAACCUCCGCCAGAAAGAUUGGCAGGAGGUGGCCGAUGCCGUUAACGCACUCCACGGCCACACGAAGAAGACGCGUCGCACCGAUGUGCAGUGUAAGAACCGGAUCGAUACUCUCAAGAAGAAGUAUAAGACCGAGAGGACCAGGGUCGCCGAAUCUAACGGAACCCUAACGUCUUCCUGGCCUUUUUUCUCCACUCUGGAGCACUUGAUCGGAUCUAAUUUCAACAAGCACCACCAGAGUAAGGUGAUUACGUCCGCCGUGCCGAUAUCGUCGGCUCAAUCUACGCCCUUGUCUCUGCCUGCUCCGCCGUUGGCUGUGCCGCUAUCGUACCGCAAACCGAUGACUCCUGCGGUGGUGACGCCGAUUAGUCUGCCGCAGAAGCGUCCGAUGCUGUCGCCAGCCAUGGACAAGUCGUUCUUCAGGAAAAAUUACUCAGCAAUGGCUGCUGCAGCGGCUGCAGCUGACGAUGAAGCCGAUGAUGAUGAGGAGUUGGAGGGUGAUGAAGUGGAGGGGAGCGAGGAUGGGGCUGAAGAUGAAGAAGAUGUAGGGCAAGAAGGGAUGAGGAGACUGGCUAAGGCUAUAGAAAAGUUUGGGGAAAUUUUUGAGAAGGUAGAGGGUAUGAAGCAGAGGCAGAUGGUGGAGUUGGAAAAGCAGAGGAUGCAGUUCGCUAAAGAUUUGGAGGUUCAAAGGAUGCAAUUGUUUAUGGAUACACAGGUCCAGUUAGAGAAGGUCAAGCGGGCCAAACGACCUGGAUCUUCUGAUGAUAUGUAUAGCUAGUGGUGCGGAUUGGGACGUUCUGCAAUCCUUGGUGGGGUUGAUGAGCUGAACAAAUGCUAUUUCUUCUUGUUGAUAGUUGAAGAAGAUUCUUUGCCCAGGAAAGAAAUUGACUAGCUAAUUUUUAUGUAGAAGAGAGAUUCAUGUCAAUGUUAGGCUUCCUUUGAUCAAUCUACCCCAUGUUUGGCCUGUUUAGGAUCAUUAAUCUUUACUCUUUUCAGUGGAUAUAGCAACAAUUUAGUGUUUGAAUAUGUUUUCAUAUAAUCUUUCGCACAUUUAGCUUAACGUGAUAUGCUAAGAUGGCAGUGUUGAUUUGGAUCUGUUGGUGUAACUUUCUAGACGGCUUAUUUAAAGUAGUACUAGUAUUUUUUAA